UAGGUGACAAAGAUAUAAAACAAUGCACUGCGCCCUCACAAUUCUAAAUCCGAAUAAAACUAUUCUCCUACAUUUUAUUCCUCUACUUGUUCUCUAUUUGUUAUCACGACCCCAAUAUACUGCAAUCCACCCUUGAGGAAAUCCUUGAAAUUGCAAUCAUGGCUUCAAAAACUCCUGUUUCUGGCAAUCAGGCCGAGGAGGGCAGCAAAUAUGUCCUGAUCGAUGGGAAAGAGAGCACUGCCGGCACAGUCCAGACUUCAAAUAGCGAGCAGACUGCUUCUAAGGAUGCUAAAGACUGUCCAGAAAUCGUUUACAAAGUCCAGUACAAGGAUUUCUCGGGCGAAAUCAAGGGAACCAAGAUCCUUGAUGCCCCUUAUAAGCUCAAAAAAACAGCGUGAGCUCCCUUCUCCUGGUAUCAAUUCAUUCGAGGUACUAAUGUUUUGAUCUAGUUACGCCGAUGGUGGAACUCCAAUAAUUGAGGUUCUGUACAGUGUGGCGGUAUGGUUCCCCAGCAUUUACAAGAAAGGAGAAGGAAACAAGACCCUCGAGAAAGCAGAGCAGAAAGACGAGGAUGGAAAUGACGCUUUCGAUGAAAAGUCGAUGGAGGAGAAGGAGCUCAUCAUCCACUCCGAAUUAAUCAUCAAAGCAUUACGAGAAAUCGUGGAUUAUUAUCCCGGCCAAAGUCUUCUCGGCGACACCAUUACCAUUAAAGAACCGUUCAGUAUUCUGGUUCACCACCGCAAGGAGCUCCAGGAAUACAAGGAGAACUGUGAUGAUGCAGAGACAUUCCAUCACAUUUCUGUGCUGCAGAAAUAUCUCGAAGAUAAUCUGGGCGAUAAGAUUCUUGCGGAAGAUCAACGAUAUAUGAAGUCCACGCCAGUCGCAACAUUUGAGAUGUUGUGGAUGUUGUUUAAACCUGGCAUGGAUGUUUAUGCAACCAUUGAUGACCAAAAAGGAGGUUUUGUGGUUCAAUCCUGCGCACCAACAAGUGAUACUGUCAAGUACGGUCAAGUCGCUUCUCUGAAAGUUACGAUGUGGUAUCUUGACUUCGAUGGACGAGUGGUAGGACGCCGACGUCAUGAAGUGACAAUCGCUCCUUACGACGGUGAGCGCGAAAUAACCUCAUUAAAGGUAUUCCCAUCGAUAUUUUUGGACAGCAACCCUGAGCUUUCUCCACGCAAGAAACUUGAAGAGCGAGGUGAGAAGUUCUACGAGCUUUUGAAAGGAAAACAAAUGGAUUACAAGGGUUACAGUAUGGUAGCCGACAAGAAGCCAAAGCGAUUCCACGAAGGACGAGUUGUCGUAGAUCAGGGGAGUUUCUACACCUAUGCCGAAUGGGCUGAAACCAGUGUUCACCCUGCACCAAACUUUGAUGUUGAUGACGACAAUUCCGGUAUUCUUGCAGACUUGCACUACGACUGUAGCUGUGAUGAAUGCAUGGACAAGCGACAAGCAGCAUCCGUCAACACAAAGUGGGGCACAUAUGAGAAUGUUGAUCCUCGCGAAACCCCAGACCUCAGGAAGAGAGAAGAUGGAACCGAAGAUCGCCACAGAUAUUUCCUCUUCCCAAGAAGAAUUAUGGGAUUUGAUUUGAAGUCCAAGAAGUGGCAAGCCCUUGAUGUCGAUUGUUGUCGCGAACCAAAGAUCAAGACCGAGGCCAUCACCAACCUUGUACUUCCAUCCGACAAGCAAGAACUUAUCAAAGCAUUGGUUCAUAAAUACAGCUCAUCCAGAAACAAGAAAAACAACAAGCCUGAAGCAACUUGGAGUGCAGAUCCGAUUCCAAACAAGGGUGAAGGUCAAAUCUUCCUCCUUCAUGGGCCUCCAGGUGCCGGGAAGACAUUCACUGCAGAAUGUGUCGCAGAAUUUACCUCGCGGCCUCUUUUGAGUUUGACUUGUGGGGACAUUGGCACAGAUGAGGUUACUGUCGAGGAUAGUCUCUCCAAGUGGUUCAAGCUUGCCGAGAUCUGGGGAGCUGUCAUACUGAUCGACGAGGCUGAUGUAUACCUCGAGCGUCGUGAAGUCAACGAGCUGACCCGUAACGGCUUGGUGUCUGUGUUCCUCAGAGCUAUGGAGUACUACAGAGGAAUUUUGUUUUUGACGACCAACCGAGUUGGCCACUUCGACCCCGCCUUCUUCAGCAGAAUUCAUGUCUACAUUGGUUACAAACCACUCGAUGCUGAAGGACGAAAGAGAAUCUGGCUUCAAUUGUUCCAAAAGCUUGAGACAGAACGUGGCGAUGAGGUGAAUGUUAAAGCCGGUGCAAAGCGAUAUAUCCUUUCCGAUGAUGUCUUGAAAGAUAUCGAUUGGAAUGGUCGUGAAAUCAGAAAUGCUUUCCAGACUGCCGUUGCGCUUGCAGAGUAUGAGGCUAUGCAGAAGGUUUCAAGCCGGGAGAGGGUGGAAAAGGAUGGACUGGGUGAGGAUAAGAAAUCUUUAGAGAUUGAGUUGAGACAGGAUCAUUUUGAGAAGGUCGUUGAAAUGAGUGAUAACUUCAAGAAGUAUUUAGCGACUGUUAGUGAGGAGAACAGGGGCGAUAGAGGAGAUGACUCUUUGCUCUGAGGAGACAAAAUCGACUUCGUGCUUCUCUAGCGGAAGAAUACAUAGAGGUUUAGUUCUUUUAGGCUGUCGUGUAAUAAUAAGAGAAACUACAUUCCGACCCCCUCCAGACAAGAAGAAUGUUUGCGUUACUGUAGUCAGUCCUUAUCUC